CGGUUGUUGCCCGCUGCAACCAUGAAACAGCUCGGAAAGCGUACGCCAUUAUUAAACUUCGAAGCCGAAGUUGAGAUAAUAUUCCGGCGUUUCUGUCGGCUUUUCUUACGUUUGCCGUGGACUUUAUUAAGAAGAGACGCCGUAGACGCAGAAUGAGUGACAUUGAGCGAAGUGGCAGUCGUAGCGCAAGUCCUAGGCGACCCAGAACAGCAGAUGGUGGUUUAAGAGAUUCCCGUUCACAUUCAAGAUCUCGUAAAUCACGUGAACGUAAAGAAUCCCAUAGACCAGUAAAAGAAUAUUCAAGAUCACGAAGCCGUUCUGUAUCUAGAGGAAGAAAAUCAUAUCGCAGCAACAAGUAUGCUAGUGCAGGUCAUCGUGGUAGUAGUCGCAGUCGUACUCGUUCUCCUUACAGGGGUGGGCGGUAUUCUCGAAGUAGAUCUCGCUCGUACUCUCGUUCCCGUUAUUCCCGUGAACGUGACAGGAACAUCUACCGUUCACAUUCUCGUAGCCCAAUGUCGUCUAGGCGAAGGCAUGUUGGUAACAGGGACAAUCCCUGUCCUUCUCGAUGCUUAGGUGUAUUUGGACUCUCUAUUUUUACAACCGAGCAACAGAUUCAUCACAUCUUUUCCAAAUAUGGUCCUGUUGAACGAGUACAAGUUGUAAUUGAUGCAAAGACUGGACGUUCUAGAGGAUUCUGCUUUGUAUACUUUGAGUCGUCUGAAGAUGCUAAAGUUGCAAAAGAACAGUGCACAGGAAUGGAAAUCGAUGGCCGCAGAAUAAGGGUAGAUUUUUCAAUCACACAGCGAGCUCACACACCCACUCCUGGAAUUUAUAUGGGAAAACCUACACACCUACAUGACAGAGGAUGGGAUGGGCCUAGACGUAGAGACAGCAGUUACAGGGGAAGCUAUCGGCGUUCACCAAGUCCGUACUACAGUCGUCGACGUUCACGCUACGACAGAUCCAGAUCGCGCUCCUAUUCACCGCGUCGGUAUUAAGUGACACGAGUGUGAUGCGAGAGGCCAGGUGUUUGGGAGACCAUUUGUGUGACUUGACCCUUUGACCUCAAAUUUCUUCUAACAAUACUGUACUGGGUCAAAAAAUGCAAACACUACAUUCUCACUACUGUUCUUACCUUACCUAAUUCUGCGUCAUAUGCAAUUAAUAUACGGCAUUUAAAUUACGAUAUUGUACAAUAUCAAUUAAUGAAAUAACUUAAUUAUGCAAAGAAGUAUAGCAUAUUCUUUGCAUGAAAACAGUAAGGUCAGAAUGGACACGGGAAACCUUAUUUUCAUAAUACUUCUAUCGUUUCCCUAACAGUUUAUGAAGAUAAGGUUUAUUUUAUUGUAACUGUAAUGACUAUAAAUGUGAAGGUUGGAAUAUAAUUGAGUUUCCUUUUUC